AUGUCCGAGAACGACAACAAGACAAACCCCACCGGCGGGGACGAUGUCAGUCAAACAAGCGGCAACAUUCAAGAUCUUUAUGACCCUUCCAACUCUGCCGAAGAUUUCGCUUCCACCUCUGGGCCCAAAACCACAAACGUUCCCGAUAACACCGCCGAACCCACCUCGGCGCCUGCCGAGAACCAGACUACAAACUCCACGGCCCGCGAAGGGACGACGCAGGAGAAAGCUGCCUCCAUAGCCAACAGAAGCACUGCAAGCUUACCACAACAAGCAUACCCAAAUGAAAAUGUGGAUGGCGGACCGCAACGGUCGAUUGCGUCUCAGAUAGACAACUAUAGGGCUUGGUUCCCCCCGGCGUCCGCCUUAGCAGACGACAUUGCCGCGCCUUUCCGACAGACGGAAGGGGAAAGGAAAGGUUUACAGAGGCGGGUACAUACCGAAGUUCCCAUUAUCGGCGCCGGUGCCGAGGCAAUCAGCCCCCUGGACCUCAACCACGGCCCAGGGGUUGGAGCUGCGAAGCCCGAGCUUCACAAAGAAGAGUCGCGAAAAAGACACCAAGACUCUUCGCCGGAAGACACUGGUUUGAUCCUUGGUCAAGAAGACAUGGGCUUGGUAAAGGUCUCUGACCUCAUCUCUCAGACCAUUCCAAAAAUAGGCCUCGAUUCCAACUUGAGACCCCUUCCACCCAUACCGCACGCUCCAGAAGCUACGAUCCCAGCAACUCAACCCAACUUCACCGCAGCCCCGAGAAGAACGAGCAACUUGCCGCGGAUUUCGAUAGACACCCUCAACACCGCCACGACGGACGACCGCGACACUCUUCCCUCAGCACUAGCAAGGAGGCCGGACCUAGUAUCGGCUUCGUUGCCGGUCAGCCCGACCACACCCAUCUCUGCGUCUGGGGCCUUGACUCCGAGGGAGGUAGCCCGCCGUGAGAGAAAUGUGAGAUCUAGAUGGCAUAUCCCCGACGAUGAGUCGGACGAGGAGAAGUCCGCUCCAGCAGAUGCUGCAGAUAGCCCAGCCUCUCUACAGGCUCAGGGGCAAAGUCAGGCUGCCGAAGAAACACAAGGCACCCAGAAAAGUCAAGAACAUCUGACUGAGGAUCCUUUGCCGAGCCUGGCCGAAGCUCAAUCAACCAUUACCAUCCAGACUCCGAUUCCUACCAGACCGGUGAAGUUCAAACUCUGGAGAUCGCCAGAAUACGCCCCAGAACCCCUCAGGUCCAACCCGACAUACCCUCCCAUUUCUCUACCCCAACAACAAUACCAAACCUUGUCAUCACAGACAGCAACCCCAACCCAAAGCCACCAACCCUUCCGUUCCAUCUCCGCCCCUCAGGCCUACAACGUCGAGCCACCCCGCGUCGGCACCGGUUUUGACCACCACCGCGUCCGCGCCCCGGCCCCUGGCACCCCCUGGCGUACACACCUCUUCAUCGCACCUCAAGUCCUCCUCGGUGGUACCGCCGAACACGCAAGAAUCAUCGAAGCCUACAACGCCGCCUUCGACGCCACCUCCGAGGCCACUCAGACGUUCCUCUCGACACGCUACCGCUACCCGGACUACACCCGCGACGAAGCCGCGCGGCGCCGCAAGCUCGACUUCGAGGCCGCGACGGGGGAGAGCAUGUCCGACGACGCCUACUACGCCCUAUUCGACCUUGAGACGGCCAAUGACGGCAUGAUAUCGGCGUUGCUGGAGUGGAUGCAGGGCCGGACGUGGGUCAAGGUGCCCUUUGUGAACCGCAUCCUCCACCAGGUGUGCCGGCUCAUGUUCACGUCGGCGCAGGAGGAGGCGCGGCUGCGGCUCCGAUUCCAGCGGGACUGCUACACGUUGCAGGACGAGAUCGACGCGGCGGAUGAGAAUACCAAGAUGGAGAGGAUGCGGGACUCGUGGCAGCGGAUGGACGCCGCGGUGAAAAGGCAGUACAACUUUGUGACGGCCAAUUCUGACGACUUCCGAGCCCCGCCGGAGGUGAGGCACAACUGCAACCUGGACGCCAGGCACUGGGACCCCCUAUCCCACAGGUUCACCAGCCUCUUGCGCAACCGGCAGGACAUCGAAGAUACUAUUGGGCGUCAGGGCGAGGUCCUGAAGGAGGAUUUGGGCCAGCUGGGGUUGGUCUACGAUGAGUUGGAAAAGAAUAGUAGGGACACCACCGACUACAUGCGCAAGAGGAAAGAGAAGGCUGUAGACCCAGAGUUGUUCCAGAGCACCAACCAGCGAGUAUUGGACUACGCAAGAUUCUUAAACGAGGAGGUCAACGUCGAAGAGGAGGUACGCCGGGCAACCACAGCCAAGUUUCUAGAGGCCGCCACUCGCCGGCUGCAGUUGCGCGACAGAUACGCCCUCACGAUGGACCAGGUCGCCGAGGACCUCCCCGAGCCCUCGGUCCCCGUGUUUCUCUCGCCUCAGAUGCUGGACAGCCAAGAAAUACGACCCGUGCCGCACGAUCCGAUGUUGGUUCCAUCGGAUCGCCCUCAGGCGGGAGGUUCUGAGAAUAGAAGCCCGGAAAACUUUGUUGCCCCUGGCUCGGUAGACCCUUCACAAGUCCCUGCCCACCCGCCUGCGUCCCCCUUUCCCAUGCGAGCGGGACAGCAUGCCCCCGAGCCGCGGCCAAACUUCUCGAAUCCAUGGCAAGAGGUGGAAUUGAUGAGGCCGAGAGGAUCAUGCACGCGUUGUCAGAUGCUGGAACGAGAGCUCCAGGCCAAGCAGAAAGAUCUCGAUGAGAGUCGUCGCGUGAACCGGGCCCAGUCGGCUGAGGUGGAAAAGCUCAAGGAGACUAUCAAAUCGAUCCAGGAUAAGGACACAGAAACGGCGUUUGAACACAUCGACGACUACCAACAGAUCGUCCGCACAGAUCUACGCCAAGCACUGCAGUUCAUCCUGUCGAUGCUGGAGAUGCAUGGCCGGCGGGCCUACGACCAGGCAAACGUCCUCGAGACGUCUCUCCAUUUCUGGCAGACCGGUGGAUCGCUGGAAAACGUCCUGACCGAGCUCCAACCGCUGGCCCGGUUCGUCAGACGACUAGCCAACACGGUUUAUGACAUUGGGUCGCAGAUCAGCAACCAACUCGAGCAAGUCGACUGCAAGAAAGAAGACCGCCUGCGUUUUCUCGACGAGAAUGCUCGCCAGAGGCGCCUGAUUCAGUCUCUGGAAGCGCAAAUUGACAGCUUGACAACCCAGACGCAACAAGGCCUGGAAGCGCACGCAAACAAAGAACUCGAACUUGCAAGGACCAUCCAACAGCAGAUGCAGGCAGAGAGCGACCGGCUCAAAGAACAGAUCCAAGACUGCCAGAAGCAGCUUGAAGACCUGAGGAGCGAAACUGAGAAGCGAGAUAUGGACGCUUUGCAAACAGCGGACAACAGCAUACAGGAUUUGAACGACAGACUGAAGAGAAAGGAGGUUGAACUGGGUGAACUCGAGGCUCAGAACAGGGCUUUGGAAGAACGGCUAGCAACUACCACAGAGAAAGUCGAAGCUCUCGGCAAAGCCAAAGAAGAAAGGGAUGAACAGGUCAGGAACCUGGAGAAGCACGUCAAAGACCUGCAGAUUCAGCUUGAGGCCAAGGCUGAAGCUGCCAAAUGGUCAUGGAAACCUCGUCCGCAAGCAGGCGAUCCCAACUCUGAGAGCCAGCACAGCGAUAGGAUCUCUCAGCUGCGUACCGAGUUGAUGGAGGAACUUGAUAGGGCAGGAUCACGGCCGUAUCAGAGAUUCGAUACCGAGGCAAGGAAGGUUCUGCCGGGUCUAGCACGGGGUAUCCUGUGGCCCAAGAAAUCAGCAGCGGCAAACCAAGCGCCCGACCAGGGCGUCAAGGUUUUUUGGAGAUUGGCGGCUUUCUCGAGAAUGCGAGGCGAAGUAGUCGCAGCACUCGAGCGGAGAGAUUUCGAGGAAGCAUCCGAGAGGCUCAACCGUCUCCAGGCGUGGAACACUGAAAUGGGCCCGUGGCAGACAGAGGCUCAAACGACGGAGGUUCUUCGAACCAUGAAUUUUCUCCGCUCAUACGCCAACCUCGAGCUUGGGAAGAUAGAAGGGUUCGGCGCCGCUUCAUCAGAGAGGCUCCAAGUCGCCAGGGCUUUCUUCGACGAGGCGGUUUCCUCAGGUGACACAGAGACCCAUACAUCGUGGGAUUCUCUAAAGGAGCACAUGCGUUAUCGAUUGGAUAGUGGUGAAGGGGAGCCUAUGUGCGAGUGCGAAUACAAGCCUCGGAUUUGUCCGAAGCAUCAGCGAGGUGGUGGAGCAAGGUACCAUAACUUCAUGGAGGCGGAUGAUCCGCAACAGGCUGAAAUAGAGUUGACGCAGGACGCGUACAAUUCACUUCGAGAACAUGCUCAAGCUCUGUAG